AUGGUUCGUGAAAUUAUAUUUUUACACAUUGGACAAUGUGGAAAUCAAUUAGGGCAUGAAUUUUGGUCUGUAGUAAUAAAUGAACAUUUACAUAAAAAAAAAAAUGAAAAAAAAGAAGUAGUAAGUAAAGAAAGUUUUAUAAAUGAUUCUAUGUCUUCCUUUUUUGAAAACAUAAAUGAAAAUUGUAAUUCAAAAGAUAGAGAAAAUUUAAAAGCACGAGCUAUAUUAAUAGAUACAGAAAUGGGAGUAACAAAUGAAAUUAUGAAAAGUCCUAUUUCAUUUUUAUUUGAUGAAAAAAAUAUUUUUACUCAACAAUCUGGAGCAGGUAAUAAUUGGUCUCAAGGAUAUAUGUAUUAUGGAAAAAUUUAUCAGAAUUUAAUUGAUAAUAUUAUUAGGAAAAAUGUAGAAAAAUGCGAUUCUUUACAAUCUUUUUAUAUUACAUCAUCAUUAGGAGGAGGAACAGGUUCGGGUUUGGGUUCUUAUAUUUUAGAAAUGCUAAAUGACUCUUAUAAAGAAGUAAAAUUUAGUAAUUGUGUAUUUCCAUCUGUCUGUGAUGAUGUAAUAACAUCACCAUAUAAUAGUUUUUUUUCUUUAACAAAAAUUCAUGAAUUUUCUAAUUGUGUUUUACCGGUUUCAAAUGAUGCUCUGUUAAAUAUCUUAAAUAGUAAGAAAUUGAAGGAAAAUGAAAAUGAUAAAAAUAAUUAUUCAAAGAUGAAUAAUAUUGUGGCUAAUGUAAUUGUAAACCUUACAAGUUCUAUGAGAUUUGAGGGUUCUUUAAAUGUAGAUAUAAAUGAAAUAUGCACCAAUUUAAUUCCUUAUCCCUUUUUUAACUUUUUAUUGUCAUCUUUAAGCCCUUGUAUAGAAACAGAAAAUACAAGAACUUUUAAUCAUUUAUUUAAAAACGUAUUAAAUCAUAAUAAUCAAAUGCUUCUUGCAAACCCCAAGGAUGGCUUAAGCUUAUCUAUGGCAUUUUUAGUUAGGGGUAAUGUUAAUAUUUCAGAUAUCACAAAAAAUGUGUUGUUAAUAAAAAAGAAUUUAAAUAUCUUAAGAUACAAUAAGGAUGCUACAAAAAUAGGGUUAUGUAAUGUAUCUCCAUUAAACCAACCAUAUAGUUUAUUAUGUUUAAAUAAUUCAUGUGAGAUAAGGAAUACAUUUCUUCAAAUAUUAGAAAGAUUUAAUAAAUUAUUUAAAAGAAGGGCUCAUUUGCAUCAUUACUUAGAAUAUUUAACUAUGGAUGAUAUUACUGAAUUCAAAGAAAAAAUACAAAAUUUAAUUUAUGAAUAUAGUUAUAUUCAAAAGCAUUCAUUUUGUUCACCAAAAUUUUUAAAUAAAUCAACUAUUAAUUUAUUAGGAUAUGAAAUUUGUGAGGAAAAUGAUAUAAAUAAUAAGAAUUCGAAUUAUCUUGAUAAUGGUUAUCCUCAUUAUUUAAAAUCUACAUUAAAGGUUUACGAUAAGUGUUCUAACUGGUUUGAUUUUAAAAAUAAACCAAUUAUUUAA